AUGGCAGAGGAGGAGGAUCCGUACGCACUUUCGUCGUCCGAAUCGGAAGAUGAAGCUCCACGAAAGCCAAUCACGAUCGAGGGAAGAAGCGGAGAUUUGAAACAGUUGGUGAGUCGUGUGAACGCCUCUCGAGAAUUUCAUAAAAACUGGGGGAAAAAGUCUGGCCGACAGAUGCUCAUGUGCCCGAAUACGGGCAAUUUUCAAACGUACUUAGGAAGCACCUUCUUAUCAAAAAACGAAAAGAUCAUAAUGAAACUACAUUUUAGCGAGAAGCUCUCAGCGAUCAGACGGUUCGUUUGACUACCAUUUUUGCAGAUCAUCUUUGCUAUUUUUUCUCAUUUUCCACUUCUCAAUACAUUUCCACUAUUUACCCCCGGGAAACGCACACAUCUCUAUCCUAAUUACCUCGAAUUAAGAAUCCAGUCUUAUCACCCACUUCAUCUUUUCCUACUAACCAUUAACGACAGCUGAUAAUAUGAUAUUGACACUUUCUCCUUCCAGAAAUCAGCCCUCUUUGAAAACAAAGGUCUGGUCAAAGAUGAGGCAAGAGAGGAGGAGUUGGCAGCGUUGAAGCAGGGAAAUGAGCUGAAGAAGAUGAAAGAAGUAGGUGGAAAUAAUUUGUUAGCAAAAAAUCAUAAGGGAAAGUAUUUUCUCUACAGGAAUUUGAGUCUGGAGCCGUUCACAACAUUGAGAAUGAAGAUGAAGAUACAAGAAUUGCCAGAUUGGAAGAGAGACAGAAACUCACUGAAAUUGGAAAAGAAAAGUAUUCCAAGUUCAAGACAAAGUUCGAGAACAUUGACGCGACAAUGGAAGAAGAUCUGGAGCAGAAACUAAAGCGUUUGCAGAAAGAGCAAAUCGGCGGACUCGGCAAGGAAACGCUGGCUUCCGCAAAAGAAAGGUGAGAAGGCUCUUUGUUGUAGACGAAGAUGUUUUUUGUUAUUUUUAGAUUCGAGAAAGGCGAGAGCGAUAUUGUUGUGGAGAAGAGCAUUGUCGAUAUCGAACGUAGCGCCGAUCUGUCUAAGAUGAAAGCCGCUUUCCAAGAAACCAAAGAAGUUGAGAAGAAGAACUGCUGUAUUUGUGACAAAGUUGUCUAUCCGGUGGAGAAGGUGGUUGCCAACAAGAACCUCUACCAUGUUCAAUGCUUCAAGUGUUGCAAGUGUGCCAAGAAACUGACGUAUGUUGAGAUGUUACAAAAUUUCGCACACAUUGCCAAAUGAAUUGCAGGUCGACCAACUUUAACUCGCACGAAGGCAAGCUUCUGUGUAAAGUGCACAUGUUGGAAGUGUUCCAUCCGGAACUCGCCAAGUCGAUGGACCCGGCCAACACUGAAGGUGAGUGGUGUAAUAGAAAGUUCUUCUCCCUCCCGUUCGCGACCAGAUGUCUGUCUUGACCGCCUGAAUUCAAUGUUCCCAUAUUGUUUGCUCGUCUCAAGUGAGAGCAACCAAAUUGUAGCAAUCAAGCACAUUGACAAAUAUAUGAAAGACAAGUUUGAGUCCUUUCAAGAGAGUUUUUAUUUUUAUUUUAAGAAGACGAGCGCACCGCUUCUGAUGAGGAAGAGUUCGCAGUGUCCAGCAAACCGAAACAGCUUCAGGGUGUAGUCAAGUGUAAGUUUGUCCAUUUAAUUCACAUCGGGGAAAGCUUCGAAAAGAAGGGUUUUAAAUUCGGGUCAUUUAUUCGGAGGUGUCUACGCGGGUCGUAUCAUACGUAUGAUCAGUCCUCAUUAUUGUUAUUAUGCAAAGUGACAUUUUGAUGAUUAUCAGAACAGGUAUUCAUAGUCCAAAGCAUAGGAUCCAAAGCCAUUGAGGGUAUUUACCGUGGUAAAUAUUUCUUCAGAAAAAAGAUACUUACUAGAGCUGAUUUUUCAAACUUUUCUGCAAUGUACAAGAUUCUAUUUAAUUUCCAAAAAACGCAAUUAUACAGUAGGUAGUGAUCGGCAAGUGUUCCUCCUCAACAGCCCCAUUAGAUGUGAUCGCCCCUCUGAGAAAGUGAUGCUGUCGAUGAUCCUCUCUUCCUCUGCGCGUAACCUACCGCGCUCGCACAUGUUCUAAAUGUUUAUAAUAAUAACAAUAAUAAUGCAUCGAGGGUGUAUGCGAGGCAUUGUCUCUCUGAGUCUCUCAAUGCUCCCUUCUCCAUCUCCCCGGUUGGAGAAGGGAAGAGAUGGACGCGGCCCGCCUAAUUCCGUAGUCGCUGCGCUGGGCGUCGCGCAGUCACUCACUUGUGCGUUCGCCAGUUCACACCACAUCAUACUUAUAUCAUCUAUACGAUCUAUUGACUGCCAACACGAAAAGACUAUCCGGGCAAUCGAAUUCAUACCUUGACUGUACCGAACAGCAUCAUGGUUUCAGCUGGGGCCACUGCUGUUCACGACGAGCUGGCACAACUCAAGUCGCUCAAGGAGAAGAAGGGUGAUUUCGAAUCAUCAUGCAAAGAAGUGGACAACGUCGAGAAGCGCACUCAGGUGAGUAAGCUACUGUAGGUACACUGUGGAUUUAGUAGUGAUCAAAAGUAUGUAGAUGAUACAAUUUUUGUUGACUGCCAGAAUCACUGUAGAAUUAGAAAAUUAUAUCUAAUUACAAAACCGAACUUCAAGCGAAACUAAUGACAGCUCUAAGUUGAAUGGGGUCCAACUAAAGUCUUAGUAUUGUUUACAUUACAUUCAUUCAUACCCACACAAAUGACUAAUAUUUGCCGCUUUACUGGCGGACACCUUUAUUGUACUGCCAUCUUUUUGUUUAGGUUUUAUGAGGCAGAACAAAACAUGGUUUAUGGCGUACUGGUAGCUAGUUACACUAGCAUUCUGAUUGGUUUCGAGAGAACGCGAAUAGAUUUGUAUCUAACGACAUUCGUUUGCAGAUUGAGAAAGAACUGUUGGGUGCUGGUAAAGUGAAGGCCAACGCCGAAAGAUUCGUGUCUGGAGCAGCUCUGGAGAACAGUGAUGACGAGAGUGAAAGUACUGAGAGAGAUCCGAACAUCAUCAGAGGGAGCAAGAAGGCCUCGAAAAUGGAGCUGAACUUCGAGAAUGUGGGAGACAUCAAAAACAAGUGGAAGGAGGGAAAUGUGGAGACCGCAGAAGCCAAGGAAGCCGCCGAAAGAAAAGAGCUGGAGGCUCUCAAGGUAGAAUGAAUAUUCAUGCUCCGUUGAAUUGAAAAGUUAUAGGGUGGUGUUUCGGUUAAGGACCGAUUCAAAGAACGCAUUGAGAAGGAUGAGAAAGUUGUGGAAAGAAGCUGGAAUAAAGAUGAGCUUAGUACUUCCGGUGAGUGUUUGGGAACUUUUACGAAUGUAUCAUCACCAUGGUCUCCGUCUAUCCACUAUACACGUUUUGUUCGUGACCUGUUCAAAUAGUUUGAAAAAAAGUACUUUCUGAAAUUGAAGUAGUGAAAAACGAUGGAGAUGAUGCAAUUCGAGCACUUCUCACGUGUGUGAGAAGUCAAUACAUUACUACAAAGACUUGGAAACUACGAGGUUCUCUUCUCCAUGGCAAGCUGAAAGCAAUCGUGAUUAUGUGUUUCAGCUGCUGCGGAAGCUAGAAAGUCUUUCAUGGCUGGAAGUGCUUACGAUUCUGCUGCUCCAGUUGAGAAAUCUGCGAAAGAUCUGGACGAACUCAAAUUUGCUCAACUCAAAGGGUUCAAGGACCGAUUUGAGAAAGGAGAAGAGAGCGUGGAAGUGCAGAAGACUACUGUGGAUCUUGGAGAAGGCGUCCAACUUGGAAACAUCAAGGCUACCUUCGAGAAGGGAACUGUUGACGAGUCCGAAAUGACUACUGAGGACCGUGCCGAGCUCAAGAAGCGAGAAAUUGAAGCCGAGUUCGAGAGGUACAAGCUGGCCAGAAAGGCUGCUGCUCUCAAGGCUCAAGAAGAAGCCGCUGAGACUGGAGAUUCGGCUAAUGCUGGACAGAAGCAAUUAGAUGUCGAAAUCAAGAUGGCCGGAAAAGCCCGUGAAAAGUUCCGUCAAAUUGAUGCUUCUGGAGCCGCCCCCGUUGCUCCACAGCAAAAGAAGGCUGCGGAACCCAGCAAAUGGGAUAAGAAGGAUGACAAACCAGUUACGGAGGUGAUAAACAGGAAAGUGGUGGAGGAUGAUGACGUGCCAGAACAGGAAGAUGCAUUUGAUGUGAAGAACUUGAUGAAUAAGUUCAAGAGCAUCGGAGAAUCUGGUGGCCAGUCAGCUAAAGCUAACACUGAGCAUAGAGCAGAGUUGGAAGCAUUGAAAACUGCCGCCAAAGACUUCAAAGCCAAGUUUGAGGGUGGCGGAGAGGCUGAUGCGGACGCGGCAGCUGUAGAGGUCAAGCGGCAACAGAUGGAGGAAGAGUUUGAGGCUCUGAAGAGUAAGUAGUUUAUCCGUUUGACUUCAAUUGCGAUAUUUCUUCAGAAGAGCGUGAAGAGGCUCAAAGAAGGUUGGAAGAAGAGAGACUGGCCGAAGCAACUGUUGCUCAAGGUAACGAGGCCAGAGAUGAGGAGGUGGCCAUCAAGGCGGACCAUGCUUCGAAGAUGGCUGCGAAAUGGGAGAAGAUCCAGCAGAAGGAAGCCAAGAAGGCCGAGAAGAGCAAGAUGCCGGACAAGAAGACGGGCGCGGUAUGAUUUUCGAGCGGUUCUGGUGCUUUUGGGCGUUUCAAUUCAAAUCUUUGCUGAUGGUCUUAUUCGGAUCCUAUCCGGGCUCAGUGAAACAAACCAGCACUAUCUCUUCCUUCCCCCAAUUGUAUCCUCCUACACCCCGUAUUUAUUGCCUUCUAGUCGUGACUUUGUCUGUGCAAUCCAAGUUGAAUCCAUUUCAAUAAAUUUUGAAAAACAAUGAAAAAGUUACCACAGUUCUAGAACAGAACAAUCUUUGCUGUGUCAGAAUCUAGAUUGAUCUAAUCCACAAAUAUUUUUCUGCUGAGACUUCUCAUACUCUUGCUUCUAACUUUCUCUGCCUCAGCCCCACUAACCUCUUCUUUUUCUAACUCUUUAACUUUGUUUGCCGUGGAUUUUUUCUUAACAUGUGUGCAUAACUAAUCCUUUUCCAGAGAUUCUCGCUUCCUCCACAGGACAAGUGCUCUCUGUGCACUAAGAAUGUGUACCGCGCUGAACAAUUCCAAUGCUUCGGUCUUCUCUACCACGUCAACUGCUUCCGAUGCGUCGACUGUAAGCAGGCUUUAAGGUGAGCAUUCUGCAUACGUUUUUCGUUGGACCGUAGAAGUUCAGAGUGGAAAAAGCACAUCGUUGCUCGAAGAGUGGGGAUCUCUACUGCCGUGUUCAUUUCAAGUUGAUGGAACAAAAGCAGACUCGGAAGAUGUUGGCCGUCGAGGAGAACAACAAUAACGCGUCGGAUCAAAUUCAAACGGAAGAGGAGGUUUCGGAUAUUUAA